ACUGCAGCAAUCCGGGUCUCGAGUGGCCAUAAAUCUGAACAGAAUUGUUGGGUGGUGUGUUUACCGAGAACCGGACACUCAAACAACCGAAGUCGUAUCACAGGAAGUUAUAUUCUGUUAUACUCAUAUUAGAUGGAAUUCGCAAAAACCUCAGGAAUCUUGAGAAAACCGGAAGUAUACACACCUCAACGUGCAUAAAACGGAAUUAUUUUGAGUGAAAUGAAGGUUAUUGAUCGUUUGGCCACUUCUUAUCAGCGAUACACACACACUGCUCAGCAGAUUGACAGCUAACAUGGAACUGAGUCUACGGAAUUAAACUCUUGAGCAUCUUUUGAAUUUCCAAACACAGAAAUAUUAUUUAUUACGGAGAAGCAUAGCGCUCGUCCAAUAAAAACCUCGUGGGUGUUUCCGAGGAUAUUUGAUUGUAAAUAGCACGGAUUAAAGAUAAGCAUAGGUAGAUUUUUGGCUGAAAUAAUCAAAUAUCUAUUUCGGGACAGAGUGUGACGGCAGUUUAGAGACUGUGAAGGUUAAUAACAGUGUGGUAUUGGAACUACAGCUGUAUAGUGGUCGGGUCUAUACAUAGACCACACACGAGGAUAACAGACUUACAGCGAGCAACACCUCGAGAGUUACAGCAGAAUUACAGCAGAGUUCCAGCAAGGUUACAGCAGAGUAACAGCAGAAUUACAGCAGAGUUACAGUAGGAUUACAGUAGAACGUGUGGUGUUAGGACACAUUAGCCAGGCAUGAGGACGCGGUAUACUUUCCUCAUUCUCACUUUGACAAUUUACCACCUGUCGCACCUGACCGGGGAAGCGUUUGUUCUCCCGGACCCCUCAUCAGACACAGAAUCGACGUCACUAGACAGAUUGUCACAGCUACAACAGACAAGAUCAAUCUUACUCAAACUUCUCCAACAAAUCAACACAUACGCACAUGGGCCGCCGGACGUCUACGUGGAUACCUCUAUAUUGGUUAGGGGAGAUAACUCUUUAGAUAAAGGCGACACUCAGUAUGAAGAUCGAGGCGGUACCGGACUUAGAUCUGAGAAGCGGGACAUGGGAAUUAUGCCUCCGUGGCGAGAACUGUGUCGACUGGCUGGCCUAAGGAACUGCCGAGGGUACAACAGCUAAUACCUAAUAAACAGAUCACUGUGCCUUCAUACUUAUCGUCCUUUACUGUCUCUCUCUCUCUCCACCAGGUGACGCUCGCUGGGCGACAUCUAUCGGGGAUCAGGUCAUUGUAUAGCCAAUGUCUACAGGAGAAAAUAUCUUAUACAGCUCUUUGCCUGUGGGCGAUAUCGAUGCUUGUAUCACUCAGACACCUAUACCGGCAGGUGGCGCUGAUUUUAUCACUACGAGUCCCAUUACCAGAGAGAGGUUAAAAGAGACGACGCUCAGCAGGAAAGCCUACCGGAAAUUAUUACAUACCUGAUUGUCUGCUUUAUAAAUGUAAUAGAAAUUAUCAACUAGGUUAAUUUGGAGCUUUACAAACAAUGCUUGUGAUUCUCAUUCUUACAACAUUUAAAAAUUACUGUU